AUGAGCCCCAUCACAGCAACUGAUUUUGGUCUUACAGUGGCCUUCUCACUGGUAGUUAUAAUAAAUCUCCUUGGUAACGGCGCGGUGUGUUUCGUGGUUUUACGGUAUCGCGGCAUGAGAGCACCUAUUAAUUACCUGCUGGUGAACCUGGCUGUGUCAGACAUGAUGGUGGCUCUUGCUAUCACUCCACAGUACGUCAUUAGAUGGACAUUUCACCACCCUAACGGUACCGCAGGAGACUAUAUGUGCAAGUUCCUUACUGGAGGAAACUUUAUUUGGAUUGGUGGAGCAGCGUCUGCAUUCUCUUUGGUAGUGGUGGCAGUGGAGCGUUAUUUUGCCAUUGUUCGUCCCCUAAGUGACCGCUCCCGACUAACAAACAGUCGAUUAACGUCCGUUAUAACAGCUUCAUGGAUUUUUGCUUUAGUUUUGAACACUCCGUUGUUCUUUAUGCUUUUCUUUGAUAACAGGAGUUCUCACUGUGUGGAGCGUUGGCCAAACAGACAGCUUGGUGAACGGUACACAGUUGUAUGUUUUUUUGCUUUUGGUGCCAUUCCGGUCUCCGCCAUGGCGUUUCUGUAUCUACGAGUUCUAUAUAAACUUUGGAAAACAGGUAUUCGAGCAACAGUUGUGUCAGAACAGGCCAGAGUCCGUGCAAGACUAAAGGUGACUAAAAUGGUUUCUGUCGUCAGUAUUAUGUACGCUGUAUGCUGGCUACCAAAUCUGGUAGUUUAUAUGCUGUCUCAAUUCGAACCAGGGAAUUACGGUUACAGUUCAUACUCAUACAUAAUUUCCGUUGUACUUUUGGGUCUUAAUUCAGCCAUAAAUCCUUUUAUUUAUGCUCUCCACAGCGCAAACUUUCGCCAACAUAUCAGGGGUGCUUUGUGUUGUAGGACCUAUCGGGCAGUAGACUUUCUCAACCCUUAUAAUAGUGCAAACAUUUCUGGUAUAAUCAGCAGUGGAAACUUAUAACUUAGCUGUCAACAAAUACAAGUGGCAUUUUUCAUCUACACUCAAGCCGUUUAAUGAAAUACUGUGGAUGUGCGGAAUUGAAUAUUAAACAAAUUACGGUUUAAAACAGGAGUACCAGGAGAAAAACCUCUUGGAGCAAGAGCGAGAAACAACAGCUAACUUUUCUUAUAAUUCCUUUUAAAAAAACUUGCAGAAACGUUUACAUGAAAAACAAAAAGAUGGUAGGGUCAUCACCGAGACAAUCAUAUAAACACAUUGGCUUGUCAAGGCGAGACGAUCGGAGCAUGCGCCAGCGCUGUUGGCUUGGACAAAGGCUGAACUUUUUUCUCAUGUAAACGCUCGCUAAUGUUUUCUCGGCUGGGAGGGUGACCCUCUUCCCCGGUAAAAACGUUUCCCCAUGUAAACGGGGCCUUGCUAGCGUAGAUACUUUAGAUUGUGUUUGGUUAACUUUCUUUUAAUAGAAAGUUUCUAAAGACAUACCAUUGACGCUUUUAAACUUGGUCGUCCAAUGAAAUUGCACAUAAGCGCUGUUUUUAGGCAGUAGAGCACACAAAUAACACCUUACACCAUUUCAUUGAGUUACAAAACCAACAUGAACAAAGAUGGUGGGUCCUACGUGUGUAUUAAUUACAAUCGUUUACAAUUUUGCGCCUCUGCACGGUUUUACUAAUCUCGCAGGCUUAUAACAAUAUCAACAGAUACCUCUUAUUUCCAUAUUUCUGUAAUUAAAAGCUUUUUUUUAAAGUUUAUUGAUUAUCAUGAUUAUUAUUUGUUUUUUAAUUGCCUGUCAAUUUAAAAUUUAUCGCUGGCAAAGCACUUCUGCUGACAUUUCAGGGACGGCGGAGCGCAAUUUCAACUUGCUAGGGCGGGGGACUGCGCUUGAAAACUCGCACUCGUUACAAGGCUGGUCUCCUCCUCCAUAGGCUCGGAAAUGAUGUUUUCAACACUCUCCAUGAGACAUUUCCCUAGACAACCUCAACCUGGAUAAGGUGUAAGAUGACAGGUACUUCCACUGCUUACAGCAUGUACCUUAUAACUUAAACAAAAACAUUUUUCCUCUAGAAAUGUGGGGGGCAGCCCCCCCCCCCCCCCCCCCCCCCCCCCCNGCUCCUGCGUUCCUGUAUUUUCAAGUGUAAAAUCCAAAUAUAGGAAAAGUCUCGUACUGAAUUUUUAUACUUUGCAUUCUCGAUUGUUAAAGUACUUGACGUACUAAAAUAUUAAUAUGUCAGUUGAAUAUCACAAAAAUGCAUGCGUCAUGAUGUUUCCUUGUGUGAUGGUUGUCAUUUUCCUGGAGGUGUCAUCACCAACUCUCUCCAAUCUUUAGAUCCUUACACUGCACGAAAAAUUGGAUUUACACAAAUUUACUCGGAGUAAAUAUGGUGCAAAAAAGUGCAAACUAGGGGGAAAUUAAAAGCAAAGAUGGUAAAUACCGCAUUUGCUGGCCAGUUUACAUGGGGGUGUAAAUUUUAGGGCAAAUGCGGUAUUUACCAUCUUUGUCCUUUAUUUAACCUUAGUUUACACUUUUGUGCACCAAAUUUGCACUGAGUAAAUUUGGUGUAAAUCCAAUUUUUCGUGCGGUGUUAUGAGAAGGGACCGAAUUGGACAAACAAACCUCGCGUGAGUUGCUGUUUGUUAUGGAUUUGCAAAAUGAAUACCUGUACUCUCGAGCGUUAAACUGCUAGACGUUAUAAAAUAUAUUGCAAUUGAACAUCACAACCAUGAAUGAGGCGUCAUUUUUUAGUAAUCUAAAUUGUCAAUGUCUUUCAUUGAAUCUGGGAGCCAGUCUGUGGCCUUGUUUGGGUCAUGUUAUCUGAUUUUGAUUGGGAUUUAUCUCCAGCAAUUCUUUCAAAGCUUUCAUUUGUCUAUUUCUGCCUUUUUGUGUCGAUCUAUGAGCCUUCAUUUAAGUUUUAAUGCCGCAAUAAAAGUGCUUCAAAAUACUGGCCUGUCGAGAUAUCGCGUGCAUUUUGAAUGCAAUAUCACAACAUUGCCCUUGUAAGCUGACUGCUGCAUGAAAUCAAUGCUGACACGGUUCUUUGUUACAUAUUUACUUGGUCAAUCACUCAGACAGAUUUUAUUUUGUAUCUCUCACUGUUUUCCAAAGGAUCGCCUUAACCCCUUUUUCAGAACCAAGGUAGGUACAAUAUGGUGACUAUUUUGUUGUCUGUCCCGAAAGCAACAGCUAGCGGCAUUUAAUUUGUGGCUAGAUGAACGUACGAUUCUACUAAAAGUAUAUUUGCCUAUGAUAUUUGUGUUUGUUUAAGUGACCGUUAAUGAAAAGUAAAGUAAGAUGAAUUCCAUCCACGGCUACUCCGUUAUACAUAAGAUUUCUGUCAUAUUUUUUAUUUGUAUGAAAACGUAUUCACCUCGUGUUUAAUAGUACAUUGGCGAAGGAUAAUUAUGCAAGAGGAGGAGGCCAUCCAUAUCAGACGUCAUCGUUCAACCCUAUAUUUAAAGUUAUACAUACACUUCCCCAAGCAUCAAUUAUGUGUUGAUGUUUUCUUUAAGUAAUAAAUAUAUAAAACAGAAGUGAAGAAGUGUUUUUAAAAAGUUAAUUAUACAUGUAUAUGUAGAGCAUUUUUCUGAUCGCUGGUACUCCGCUACUUAACUUAACAGACAAGCCAUAUUUUUUUGCUUUAUUUUUGAAGCGCCUUAACAAAGUGGCAAGCCUUCUGCCAUUUAACCAUCCAAAAGGGUCGGACAGGCGCGAAAUAACUGAAAUGAAGAUCUAAAAAGGUGCCGUUUUGCCUUUACUUUUUCUAACCAUCGUCUAAACACGUUAACAAAACAGUACAAUAUGAUCAAUUAUUAUAUAAUUAUAUAAUAUAAUAAAUAGUUUUCUAUUUUAGCGAUCUUUGGCCUGAGAGGAGCGGCAGAAAACCUUAAAAUGGUUUCGUCUUAUUUUAUGUUUUAUUGCUGCGCAUUACAUUAAAAUAUGAGUGUGAAGUUAAAUUUUUAAAGCAAGUAAGAUUCAGUAGCUCGAUAGACCUGGAUACAAAUACUUCAAUAAAAUAUUCUGCCAUCUAUGUUUUUCCUUAAAUUUAGAACUAGGGUGGUAAAAAGCAUGAAAACACUGAGCAUGGAACGGCUGCUCAUUCGAUAGCCCAAAUCGUAGUCUUCCCACAAUCUGAUUACAAUUUAAUUUCUUAAAAACUCCUAGGCUAUCAAAUGGAUAUGCCACAGAACAAUCGUUUGGAAAUUGUCAUAAACUCAAAGACCUAAUAAAAUAAUAAGUUAUUGGACAACUGAAGCUUUAGGGUAAAAAACCGAGAGAAAAAUAAUUUUGACUUAGGAUCGCUAUUGGUGGAAAUUGAUGACCGGAAGUCAUUGACGACAAGAUUGUAUUUGUAUUCUAUAAGAAGCAAUAUUCAUUUCACUUCAGUAGAUAACAGAAUUGACAGUGGUUGUAAACUUUCAGUUUUGACACUAAGAUGCAUCAGAACUUUUCGUGAUUAAACGUGACCAGCGUUUUGAUGAAGUGCAUCAUCCUACUGCCAAAAGCGAUCACUGGUGAUUAAACUCAGUUCUCUUUGGUUCAAUUUUCACCUUUUCUGGAUCGAGGCACUUUAAGGCAAACUCAUUGUAUCGUUAUCCCGCACCAUAGAGGCUCUAUUUUGGCACCACUCUCAAUUGGAAAAUUAUGUUUAGUUUGUAACCUGUUUGUAACUCAGUGCCAGCUGCGUGUUGGUGAGUUGCAUUGAGAAUUAAUUAAUUUAUUGUUUAUUGUUUAUUGUUUUGUUUGCCAAAAAAUUAUACAAAUCAAAUAAAAUCUAAUUACCUUAACUCUCAUGGCGAGGAAGCCCAAGAGAAGCCACCGGGCUUAUAAGGAAUGGGCUCCCUCAGUUAGAUAAUUAGAACAAAAUAUUAUCAUAAUUACACACGGGAAAAAUCAAUGGCAGAGCUACAGUAAAUCUUAAAAUAAGUAUAUUAGAUAGUCGUACUAAUCAUAGUUCUAGGGUAAAAAAAGCGAAAUGACAAAAAGAAAAAAAAACAAAACAAAACAAAACAAAAGAAAAUAAAAGAGCAAAGGAAGAAAAAAAAUACAUAUAUAUAUAUAUAUAUAUAUAUAAAUUACUAUUUAUGAUAAGAGGAAUGCUUUCAGCUUACAGCAAAAGGAAGCGGUACUUGUUGCAUUUCGAAUUUCAAAACUAAGAGAGUUAAAAAAUUUAGGACCUUGGAAACUGAUGGAGAACUUUCUUAUAUUAGUCCUGCAUUGUGGUAAAUAAAAAUGCUCCGAACUUCUAGUGCCAUAAGAAUGCACCUCGCGUGUCACCAGAAACAUGUUAUUGAAGCUAUAAGGAAGUAAGCCAGAUCUGUAUUGAUACAUAAAUUUUCCUAUUUGAAGUUUGUAGAUACUCUCAAGAUUCAGAAUUUUUAAAUUUUUAAAUAAGGGGUCAGUGUGAGCAUCGAAAGCACUCCUCGACAUUAUUCUUACGACCCGUUUUUGAAGUGUGAUUAAUCUUCUGAGGUUUGAUGGGUAAAAAUUUAUACAUUUAGUUCCCAGUGUUGGCUGUGCUCUUAAAGUUGCUGUUGUGAGUUUUCUGUUAUUGUAUAGGCAGUCGCUAUAUCAUUCUUUUUACCGCAUUUUUAUGUAAUUGUAGUUCAGUGCCUUAUGGUAUUCCUUUUCUUAGGAAGACUACCUUAAAUGAGAGGAUAAACGGCUCUUCCAGCAAUUCUGUUCACCAUGAUUUUCAAGAGUAUACUAGCGGCGUGCUCGAUCAUGGUUGGCGUUAAUCUGCUUGGCAACUCACUCGUCUGUUUCGUUGUACUUAAAAAUAAAAGUAUGAGAACAACUAUGAACUUUCUGCUUGUUAACUUGGCAGUUUCUGAUAUGAUUGUUGGUUUCUUCUCCAUAUUCAGGUGAGUCUGUUAUAAUAGUAGCGAAUUUCUUAUUCAGGGAAAUUUUAAAGCAAAGGCGACAAGGUAAAGGCAGUGUAAAUAUGUCACAUUUGAAGUUCAAUCAUGUCACGAUUUCCCAAACGUAACUCCAUCGUGAUUACUCCAUCUCGCUAAAUUAGUCAAACGUAGGCGAAUUAAUUCUGCAAAUUUAUAGUUCCUAAGGACUUAUUUCAAAUUAAGAAAGACAGAGAAACUGGACACGAUGACAGCGAAGAAACGGUCGAAAAAAAAAAAGGAUGCACAGGCUGCUACAGGAAAAUGGCGAAAUCCUAGACCCGAAGGCGAAAGUUAAAAGUCCAAGACAGGAAGAAGCACGCAAAAUCGAAACUUAGUAAAUCAUCGAAAAAAACUUCCGAAAUGGAGAUUGGAUGACAACAAAAAUACCAUGGCCCACAUUUUUUAAGUAGCAUUUGCUACCCCAAAAGGGAUUUUCACCUUGUCGCCAAGUUAAUGUUGUUUCAUGAAACGCAACAUAUUUGUAGCCUCAGUUGUCAUCACUGCCACUCUGUUUUCUCCGCCCACAGUUUAGGAAAAUCUUUGAGCAUGAUUUUAAUAAUUUUAUCCAUAAACAUCUAUGAAAUCACUUACUGAUCUUAUAUCUUUCCUUAUUUGGCAAGUCUCAUGGCUUUCAGGGGAAAAUGUAGAAUAUGUCUUCUUUCGUUCCAUCAUCAUUAUCAUCACCAUUUUCAUCAUCGUUAUCAUGGCGAUCAUCACGUUCAUUAUAGCUGCGCGUCCCUUUGAAAUAAACCUAUGCAUGAUAUCUAUUAAUCUUCACGUUCGGUUCUCCCUCGCCGUUUGAGAUAACACUGUCCAACAUACAGGUUCUACGUUUUUGAGCCGACUGGAAUAGCUUCAGAUAGUUUACUCACGCUACCCUCUAGCCAUUCCCCUUUCAUCCUGAUUCGUCUUCUAUAACAAUUUGUAAGAAAGGGAACAUUUCUUUCAAAAACUAAACCGUGCGAUAUUUUUUCGCAUAUAUCAUAUUUUGAAUUUUAGGUUUCUUUUAAACAACCCUUUUGAGAGUCUACACGGUACUGCUGCCCAUGUGAUGUGCACACUGUUAACUGGUGGAAACCUCAUGUGGACUGGACUUUUAGCAUCUGUAUUAUUUUUGGUUUUGAUUGCUGUCGAAAGAUAUCAUGCCGUACUACAUCCUCUACAUCAUCAGAGUGGAUUUGUUGUCACAAAACUGAAAUCCAUUGUAACAGUAUUGUGGAUCUAUGCUUUCGUCUGGCAAAUUCCAGCGUUUUCCUUCUUUCGUUAUAGCAAUGAAGUCAAACAAUGUGUCCCAGCUUGGCCAGAUACUUUUGGUUACGUCAGAUCUGUUUGGUGGGUCAUCUCAACUGCUGUUAUUCCUGUAAUUAUGAUGGGAUAUCUUUAUACGCAGAUUGUGCUCAGAAUAUGGAAAACUAACUCUCCCGGAGUAGUAGGAAAUGGAAAAGUAAGGUAAAUUGAACUCACGGUCAUCUGCUUGAUUCAAAUAUUGGUUAGGAGAAUUCUACUAGCAAAGGUAUCUGACAUUCAACCAAUAUAAUGAGGGCAAAUAAACUAUAAUUAUAACAGCACAGUAAAUGGUAAAAUAAAUAUCAUAUUAUCCACUCCCCUAAGGGCUUUUCAGGGAUAAUUUACAACACUGGUUGGGGGACUUUGACAAGUAAUGAAGGAAUAAGCAAUGAUGCCCCCAUACAUGACUGUGAAAGGAGACUAUUCAAGGGCCAGGGGGCUGGAGAAAAGAAAACUCCCCCAACCCCGCCCACGAGAGCUUGGUCGCAGGCUAAGGUACAAUAAGCAAGGCAAACACCCAUUUAAUUUGUUAACCAUAUUUAUUAAUUGAUAGAAGCGAAAAAAUUCAUUUCACGUUCCGUUGACAUCAAUGAGAAGAAAUUAUAAUUGAUGGGAAAUCACUGUCACUACUCGUGAAAUAUGGCGAAAAGUUUUUUGAGCGUUUUGUCAAUAAUUUUUAUCAAUUUUCGGAGCCUUUUCACUCGUCACCAUUUGAUUGGUGAUUGGCUGAGGUACUUGAGUAGGAAAAAACCGUUCUUUGCCUAAAUGACAAUUUUUUCCCAAAAGCCGUUGGAAGUCCCAGCCUCACUGACCCUCUCUCGUACUCUCCCUCUAAUACGCUUGUUCGAGAAAAAUAUGCAAGUAAGAAAAAGAUAAUCACCUUUUAACAAAGCAAAAUGAAGGAUUAUUGAAGGUUACAGAGGAAUUGUUGAGAAAAAUGAAUAAGAAACAAAUGGCGUAGAGCUAUAAAAAGAACUGCGAUCGUCCUAAAAUCGGUGCAUAUUGUAAUAAAAGUAAAAAUUGCUAAUAUACCUCUGGGUGUCCAGAGGCUUACGUAAUGAUUUUUGUUAGCUUUUACGCCUCUUAUGGUGCAUUAUUUUGCGACCAAACCGCCUCCCAAGAAGUUUUUCGUCCCUCAUCUUGGCAGUUGUUUACCAUCCUCACUGGACCAAAGACGAAAACGAUUCUCUGCGAGAUCAGUUAUUUCAAUCUAUCUCGCUAGCUGAAUCGCGACACGCUAAUUUUGCACUCAUUGUAGCUGGUGAUUUAAAUCGCCUUGAAAUCAAGUCACUCAAGAAACAGUUUCGUCUCAAAAAAUUGUUAAAAAGCCUACUAGGAAGAAUGCCAUACUCGAUCUAGUUCUUACGGGCUUGCACAAAAUAUUACGACGAGUCGCGUUCAUCCCCGCCCUUCGGCCUCUCAGAUAACAACAAAGUUACAGCAAAAGCUAGAGUGACAAAAAGUGGUCAAAACCCCAUAAAGUUAAUGCUCAAGCGCGGCACGCGCGCCAAGUCGCAAAGCAGACUUGGGGAGACAUCUGAGUGUUAUGGAUUGGCCCACACUGUUUUCCUUUCUUGACUGCUGUAACGAUAUGCUAAAGGUGUUCUACAAAGCACUGCGCACAGAACUCGAUCCGCUCAUGCCCGUUAAGAGGGUGCGUGUGAACACAUCUGAUCAUGACUCCCGUGGAUGACCCAGCACCUGAAAUCGCGUAUACUUAAAAGGCAGAAGGGCUUUCAAGAAUACGGUAUUAAAUCAGCUCAGUUUAAGUUCUACCAUAACGCAGUCCACCGCGAGCGAAAAUCAUGUAAAGCUGUCUUCUUUAAAACCAAGGUACAAAGCACGAAAGAAGAAGACCCAAAGGCAUGGUCGAGAGAGGCAAAACGUUUUUCUGGUGUACGCGCACAUUCUGGGGCCUUGUGUAACCAUAUUCAUGGGGAGGGUACUGAUAAACCAUCUCCACAGGAACUGGCGAACGCUAUCAAUGAGGCGUUUCUAGAACCAAUGGAAGAAUAUCGUCUGCCCCCACCUCCCGGUGGUGUCAGAGUUAUGCAUUGGGAGACUCUUAGCAAAAUUAAAUCCGUCUAAGGUGUGUGGACCAGAUGAAGUACCCAAUUGCUGGCUACUGCGAGAGCGACCUUCUCGCUUACUCUGUAUGUAGUAUGAUUAAUGCCUCCCUAAAAGAACGGCCCCUUCCUAUCAUCUAGAAGUAAGCAGAUGUAUCCCCACUACCCAAGAAAAAGAAGGUUGAGGAUUUGACAAAACAUCUGACAUCAAUCUCCGUUACCGUCUGUUUAUCGAAAGUCUCUGAGGAUUGUGUCGUACACGAUUACAUAAAGCCUGCUGUCUCAAGGUCGUGGACCCGAAUCGGUAUUUUGCGGUACCUAAUUCGUCCACCACACAGGCCCUCGUACACAUGGUCCACAGCUGGGCUUAAGCAACAGACGGCAAUAACGCUACGAUCAGGACUGUGCUAUUCGAUUAUCGAAAAGCAUUCGAUCUAAUUGACGACAGGAUACUUGUUGAUAAAUAAUUCAAAUUAGUUCUACCAACCAGAAAAAACAACUGGAUGAUUGAACUUCUGUCCGGUCGUUCUCAGCGGGCUAAGCUAGCUGAAGGACUACUACAAGUAGGGCUCUGUCCCUUUCUGGGGUCCCCCAGGGGACAAAGCUAGGGCCUUGGCUUUUCCUUAUUUUGAUCUAUGAUCCAAGUCUUAAUGGAAAUUUCACGUCUAGCUCUGGAAGUAUGUCGAUGACACGACAACGUUAGAAGUUGUCGGAAGGGUGAUAUUGUUGAAGGGUGGUGCGAGUAAUGCACAACGUAUAGCAGACUGCAGUGUAGCUCAGUGGUCCUUAGAUAAUAGGGUCCAACUGAACAGCGAAAAGUGUAAAGAACUUAGAGUCUCUUUCACUAAAAAGCAGUCUGAGUUCCAUCAUAUUCUUGUAAAUGGUAACCAGCUUGAAGUAGUUAGAAGCGCAAAGCUGCUGAGUGUGAUCAUGGUAUGAGCACGUUAACGAAACCGUAAAGAAGGCGUCUGAACGUUUGUAUUUCCCAGUUCAGCUUAAAUGGGCAAGGUUCCCUGUAGGAAUUUCAUCCUCUCUUAUGUCACAUGUAGAAGAUCAAUCCUAGUUUAUGCAGCACCUGUAUUCUUCUAUGCUCUGCCCAAGUAUUUACGGUGCGAGCUGGAGCGGAUCCAGGAAAGGGCAAUGCCCAGUCUGUCUCAUAACGUGGCACUUAAGGAAACUGGUAUUCCAACCAUUAUUUCAUAUUGAGAGAAAAUAUGUGACACGGUUUUUAACGCUGCCCUCGGCAACAAGGAUAACAAACUUAACAAGUUAUUAACUGAAGCCAAUAAGGCUCCAAAUGCACUAAGAAAUCAGCGACACUUUGGACUUCCAAAGUGGAACACAGACCGUUAAGAACACUUUAAUUAAUUUCUUUUGUCAUCGUGCCUAAAGUACAAUUAAAUGAUUCGGUUUUAAUGCUUUUAUAUAUUAUAUGCAAGAAUUUUUAAUAUUGAGAUAUUGUAAAUUAUUCAAUUUUUAGCUUAGCUUUUUUGUAAAUAAGUAAUUCAGCCACUGGCUGCCUAUUUAUUUAUUUAUUUAUUUUAAUAAACUAUCUAUCUAUUAACCAGUGCGCCCCAGUGACUUAUGAAGACUCCUCCCAUCCCUCGCCCAGCUACCAGCGGUCCCUCCGGCGUUUGGAUGUCAAAAACAGCAACGUUAUAGCGGCUGAUUUAAAAAAAAAAAACAAAAGAAGCACCACCUAUUUUCUUCUGCAAAAGAUGAAGCGGAGAAUAUACCAAAUAGGAUUCAGUAUUGAAGGGAAAAUAAGUUUUCUACGUUUUUCUCUGAUUAUGUUUUUUCUUCAUUUAAUAGCCAGAGUUGGUGCUUUUAUUUGUUCAGUUGAACUAAGUUUCUACUUCUUUUAUAAUAUAAUUUUGUUAUACCGUUUGUUCUUUAUCAGGAGAAAGAUUACACGCAUGACCUUGAUAAUCAGCGUCAUUUACAUCCUUACUUGGAUCCCAAACAGCGUCAUUUUUCUGCUACUUCGGUUCACUGACCACGUGACACCUAACUCGCCAGUUGAUCAGCUUGGAAUUCUGCUUGUCACUUUUAACUCGUGUGCAUGCUGUUGUGUAAGCCACGUUUUUCGAGAAACGCUAUUGCUCCGGUGGCGUACGCCACCACCCACCAGCGUGUAG